UUUACCGUAUAGAACAGCCUUCCCUCCGUUGUUUCUGCACCGCUACAUUUCUCUAUCUGCCUUUCUACGCCACAGACCGGCUAUGGAUCCUCGUCGCGUGGUUUGUCCGGAUAGCGCCUUCGACUGGCUUCCCCAAGUCGGGUUCCUGUUUCUCACUUUCAACUCACUCAACUCCGCAUACCAGUCUCGCCGCGACACCGGCGCGCUGGCCUUCGUGGUGGUCGCCUACGUCGACCUGUUGAUGCUCUCCUUCUGCCUCAGGCGGCUGGAGAAGAUGGCUCCCGAUGACCCACCGGAGCACAAGAAGCGGACUUUGGCGGCUGUUUGGGUCCUCUUCACCGCUCUCAACCUCGCGUUCGCAUGGCGGGUGGCGGAGAUAUUGCCGCCGCUACUGGCUGUUGCCAUGGGUGGAUUCUACGUUCUGAUCAUCUACCCGCAAGCGGAUGGCUGUUCCGACAGAAGCAUGAUUCCAUCAGCCGAACAAAACGUCUGAGCUAACGGGUCGGGCGGAGCACUAUCUCCGCCACAUCCAUUUAUUUCCCUUCUUUUCGUUUACAUAAGAAUCUGUUUCUGAUCGACUCGAUGUAUCUGAUGAAGCCUUUCCUACUUAGAAGAAUGGAUGAGAGCUUACGUCUUGAUCCAAA